UUCGCUGGAAGCAAUGAGUAUUUUCUACACGCACUUCCUGCCACUGACCAGCAGGUGUAUGUCGAAACACUAGCUGGAUGGGGUGUACUUUCAGGAGUGCUAACCGGUGUUCUAGUAACGUAUACUGAUGGAGGCUGUCUCAAAGGAAGCACCGAUGUUCUGGUUGUUCCACCGCUGGAGAGCAUGGUCGGAACUUACGACACAACUGUGCUCACCGCGCUAGAUGAUACGUUGAAGAUUCUCAGCAGCAACGGUAUCAAGGCAAUCAUCUCGCCACACAACGCGAACUCGUUGACUGGAGACGAAAGAUGCGACGCGUAUUGCAAAAAGUUCACCAACGCGUCGACGGUUUACUCUUCUGCUGAGGCUAAAGCAGACUACGAUAACAGACUUGCGGCCAUCUUGUCGUACGAAUCGCCGAACUUCGGGAAACAGUGGAGAGACUUACGUGACGUGAUUCUGGCCUUCAACUUACAGAACGAGCCGUUGAUCAAGCAGAACGACAAGUUGAGCGCCAAUGAUCCAGAUGACUGGCUAUGGGGACGGGCAGGGGUGCUCCGUGGUCUCCUGGGAGCUUCCGAUACCAAAGUAGCCACUGGUGGUAUCGGGGGUUCUCAGUACUGCUGCGACAAGAUCCACCAGUCUAAUCUCCUCACAAAGGCUUUGGAAUAUGAUGCAAUCGACAUAAUGAGCGUACACGGAUACAUUAAUAAGGCGUCUGAUUGGGCCUACUUCAUAACGGGAGAGCAAUCAAUCCUUGCCCAAGCAAAUAUCGCCGGGGAGCAUGUGACGGUGGAGGAGCGGGGAGUGAGUACUAGUUAUCAAGAUGACUUCGACAUUCAACUGACGGCGCUCGAGGUGUACUGGCAAGUGGUCCCGGGCUUGGACGCAUCUCAGGAGGGAUCUCCCUCAGACUGUGGGUAUGAUAGAUACGAGAUUGGUGUAAACAGUUCCAAGGGUGAUAUUGCCAGUGCGGUAGCGGCAGCAAAUGCAGCUAGAGCAAACCAGAGCUGGGAUGGAUAUGUGUACUGA